UUUUUUUUUAAAUUUAGCUUUAGAAAAACUGUUCUGAACGCUAAACUAAGAAAAAACAUCAGCCAAUUUUAUCGAAUCUAAUCAUGCAUACUAAGCAAAUACCUAAACAGAUGAUUGGAUAAAACGGCUUUGGUGAUUUGAAGACCAAUUGGUAGCUAUUAAUAGUGUUUCAUAUUCUGGAAAGUUCCUGCUAAACAUGAAAUAUGACGGAAACAUUUUAAAUGUGCAGUUAUAUUGCACAAAUGUAACAUAUCAUAAAAACGAUCAAAAAUGUUUCAAAAACGUCUUUAGCGCACAUGAGAUUCAUGGUUCUACCGCCUCCCAUCGCGCAUGGCAUUUAUUAUCUUAUAAAACAUAACCACUAUCGUCUCUCCGCACAACGGAGGUUGUAUUAUUUCAUUUUUCAUUAUUAGAUUACUUGACUGGUUCAGCAAAAUAAGUGAUAAUAUAUUGGUAGCUUGGUCUCAUUAAGCGAUGUGUCAAUUGGGAGCCAACAAGAUAUAACACUUUCAGAGAAUGAUGUUGGUUCUAUAAUGAGCUAUGCAGAAGGGGACAAAUCCGCAAUGAGUUUCAUUAAUGAGUUGGCCCAAUUCAACGAUAUCUCUUAUUCGUAUGAGCUUGUUAGGGAAGAUGGACCAGCACAUAGCAAAACAUUUACAGUGACUUUAUAUCUCGGUGAUGAACAAUAUACCAGUGAAAUGCAAAGUAUUAAAAAAGCGCAGCAAGCUGCAGCAAAAACUGCGAUAAAAAGCACUAAAUACGAACACCCCCCAGUUAAAAUGAAGGAAAGCGAUAAGGCUUUAACACCUACUGUACUAUUAAAUAAUCUAGCUGCAAAACUGGGCUUGGUGGUUAGCUAUAAGCGAGUGUUCGAUGAUAUUGUGAGAGGGUCGAGCAAUAAAAAUGACGCAUUUUCACAUAAAAAGUCCUACUUGCAAAAGCUAAAUGAUACAGUACACAUGAAUGACACUAUUCAUGUAAGAAGAGAUGGUGGUGAUACAAAAGGACCAUUUAUAAUGAGUGUGGAGGUAAAUGGAAAGUAUUUUUUUGGAAAAGCUCAUACCUUGCAGAACUCCAAACAUGAAGCUGCAGCUAAAGCUUUGAAAAGUUUGAAAGAAGACGAGGAAAGUUUUUACUGCCACAGAGAAGAUGAUAAUUGCAACAAGAUCGGCCAAAAACCGAAAUCUCCAAUUUCAUUGGUGUAUGAGGCAGCGCAAAAGAGAAACUUAGGGGUUACAUUUGAGGUCAUAGAUGAAGUAGGUCCAUCUCAUAAAAAAAUAUUUACCACUAAAUGCGUCGUUGGAGAUCUAACAGUAACCGGUGAAGGAAAGUCAAAAAAAGAAUCUAAAAGAGUGGCUGCUGAAAAUGUACUAACUCAGUUAAUGAAAAUAACUGAGGUAAGUGGUAAACAUGUAGCUGAGCUACCGCGAAGCAAAAAGUCCAAUAAAAACAAAAAGAACAAAGUUAUCAAAACCACAUUUGAUAAGAUUGAAAGAAUGUUUGACAAUGCGGUAGAUUAUGGAAAGGGUUUAGUUGACACAGUUACUGGAAAUAAAAAGCCAACAGACGAUUCAAAAUCCCAUAAAAAUGAUGCCAGUAAAGCCCAUAGGUCUCCAACAACUGAACUAUUCAAAAUUGGAAAAAUUUUGGAUUUGAAUAUACAAUAUCUUGAUUUUGUGGAGCGAGCAAAAUCGUACUCGUUAUUGGACUUGGGAUACGAACCCCCUUUUAUAUGUUUGGGAGAAGGUGUAAGCCAAAAGAAUUCAAGAGAUUUAGCGGCUAAAUAUGGCACAAAGAUGUUGUAUAGAUUAGGAGCUUUAGAUAAUCUACUAGAUAAAUCGAUGAAAAUAAGCAAUGUGUUGGAUAAAGAAGAAGAAUUUGAAAUGUUGUGGUUGGAAGUUGCCAACAGUAAUGAAGAUAAGAAAGCGUGAGGACUUAGACGUGAGAAAUAACGAUGAAUUUUAAAACAUCUAUCGAUGGACUGCACAUUAGAAAACGUUUUAGUUAAAAGAAAUGUGUUCUUUGUUUAAUGUCAUUAGUAUUGACUUGAGAAAGUAGGCUUAGUUUAAAAAUUUUUAUAAUUUUUUCAAUUGUUUAUUGUUUUAUUUUUUAUUGAAAUAAAAUUGUUGAACGUAGUUCAGAUCCAAGUUUUAA